AUGUCAAUUCCAGUUUUAGAUUCAGAUAACACUUCUAGUCCUUAUUAUCUUCAUCCUAGUGAAAAUCCGUCUUUGAUUCUUGUUAGUCCACCUUUAAAUGGGCAAAAUUAUCAUUCUUGGUAUCGUUCUAUGAGAAUGUGUCUUCUAUCCAAAAAUAAACUUAAAUUUGUUGAUGGAAGUAUUGCAGUACCUCCUAAAGAUAGUCAAAUUUAUCCAGUUUGGGAAAGAUGUAAUACUAUGGUGCUUUCCUGGUUAUUAAGGUCAUUGUCACCUUCUAUUGCACAGAGUAUUCUAUGGUUAGACAAUGCUAUGGAUGUAUGGAAAGAUCUCUUUGAUAGAUUCUCUCAAGGCAAUGCUGUUAGAGUGGCUGAAUUACAAGAAGAGAUAUAUGGAUACAAGCAAAACAAUUUGUCGGUAACUGAUUUCUUUACUCAAUUAAAAAUUUUAUGGGAUGAGUAUACUAAUCUUAGAUCUGUGCCUAUAUGUUCUUGUCAUCCACAAUGUAGUUGUAAUGCAUUGAAAACAGUCAAAGAUUAUCAAGAAAGUGACUAUGUCAUUAGAUUUUUAAAAGGACUAAGUGAGAAUUAUGCAGUAGUUAAGAGUCAAGUGCUUAUGAUGGAACCACUACCUAAGAUUAAUAGAGUUUUUUCUCUUGCUCUGCAACAUGAAAGACAAUUAGGACUAAGUGGUGUUAAUGGUCAGAUCAUAGAACCUUCUGUUUUUGCUGCUCAAGCUGUUAAUUCUUAUCAAAGGAGACCUACUUUUAAUUCUUUCAAUAAUAGGAGUUUUAGGCCACCAAUCAAUAAUUUUGGAUCAGUUGGUAAUAGCUUCAGGCCACAGGGGGGACAAAAGAAAUUUUAUACACCUAAUAGUGGAAAACCUAUUUGCAGUCAUUGUGGUGCAUCUGGACACACAAUUGAUAUAUGUUUUAAGAAACAUGGUUAUCCUCCUGGAUUUACUCCUAGAUUUAAACCUCAGAAUUUUGUUAAUCAAGUUGGGGAAGUUAUAACUGAAGCACAAGAGAGUAAUUUUUACAUGAAUCAAGAUCAGUUUAUGGAUCAGUAUGGGAAUACUUAUAAUAAUUCUGACUAUUAUAAUGAUAAUUCUGCUGGGGUAAAUACCAAAGUAGAAACUGGAAUCAAUAAUCAGGAUAUGAUUCAAAGUGGAAUGAGUAGUCAGUUGGUUCAAAAUGGAAUGAGUAGUCAGUUGGCUCAGAAUGGGACAAACAAUCAGAUGCACAAUCCUCCAGUUUUUACUCAGGAGCAAUAUUCUCAAAUUAUGAAUAUGCUACAUCAGAACAAUAACAAUCAAAAUUCAGAAUCACCAAGGAUCAAUACUGUCUCAACUAAUUUUUCAAACAAAGUGGAACAUGAAGGUACACAAUUCUUAUCUUAUUCUUAUUUUAAGAAUUUUACUGCAUGUUCAUAUGUUAGAAAGCCUGUGCAUGAUGUUAGAAAGCCUGUGUAUGAAAAUUUGUCUUGGAUUAUUGAUUCUGGUGCCACUGAUCACAUUGUUUGUUCUUUGAAUCAAUUUACAUCUUACACAAUUGUUCAUGAUAUCUUUGUCACAUUACCAAAUUCACAAAGGAUUGCUGUUACUCAUGUUGGUACUGUCAAGUUUAGCAAAGAUUUUAUUUUACAUAAUGUGUUAUUUGUUCCAGAAUUUGCUUUUAAUCUAAUUUCUACUAGUAAGUUGACUGCUCAGCAUGAUAUAUGUUUAAUUAUUCAUAAGAAUGUUUGUAUUAUACAGGACAUCAUCAAUUGGAAGAUGAUUGGAUUAGCUAAGCAAAUUUAUGGUCUUUAUUAUCUUGAUAAAGAUCAAUUCAGAGAAAAUAAUGCUUCUGCUUGUGUUAAUUCUGUUGGAUCUGGCUGUUUAAAUUCUUCUGGUUUGAUUGAGACAAUUGAUGUAAAUAGUUUGUGGCAUUUUAGACUAGGACAUUUGUCAAAUGAUAGGUUGAAAUGUCUUCAGAACAUUGAUUCUUCUAUUAAAAUUCCUGCUAAUAGUCAUUGUAAAACUUGCCAUUUAUCAAAACAAAAGAAAAUUCCUUUUCCCAUUAGCAAGUCUGUAGUUAUAAAUUGUUUUGAUCUUAUUCAUAUUGACAUUUGGGGGCCAGCAAGGAUUUAUUCAUUAUAUGGUCAUAAAUAUUUUUUAACUAUUGUUGAUGAUAAAAGUAGAUUUACAUGGCUUUUUCUCUUAAAAGCAAAAUCUGAAGCAAGAACUAUUAUUCAAAAUUUCUGUAUGCAUAUAGAAACACAGUUUAAUACUAAAAUUAAAUGUAUUAGGUCUGAUAAUGGUUUGGAAUUUCACAUGCCUAGUUUUUAUGAUUCUAAAGGAAUUAUUCAUCAAACUACUUGUGUAUAUACUCCUGAACAGAAUUCUGUAGUUGAAAGAAAACAUCAACAUAUUUUGAAUGUUGCUAGAUCUCUUAAGUUUCAAGCUUUAUUGCCUUUGAGUUUUUGGUCUGAUUGUGUUUCUCAUGCAGUGUACUUGAUUAAUAGAGUUCCAUCUCCAAUAAUUGAUAAUAAAACACCAUUUCAGAUUCUUUAUAAUAAAGAUCCUUCAUUUGAAAAUUUAAAGGUUUUUGGUUGUGUUGCAUAUGCUUCAACUAUUUCUAAUAAUAGAUGUAAAUUUUCACCAAGAGCUACUGAGUGCAUAUUUCUUGGUUUUCCAUCUCAUACUAAAGGCUUCAGAUUAUAUGAUAUUAAGGCAAAACAAGUAAUUGUUUCCAGAAAUGUUAGAUUUUAUGAACAUUUGUUUCAUUAUAAAGAUAAAAAUUGUAUGAAUGAAUCUGUUGAUUGUUCUGAUUAUGUUUUACCUGCUAGGAUUGAUUCAUUAAGUAUAGAUGUUUCUUUAUCCAGUAAUGAUCUUAAUGAAACACAAAGUACACUUGUUGGACCUAAUCUAGAAGAUGUUCCUGUCAGUAGUAUUUCAGAAAUAAAUCCUAAUUUAACAUCUAUUAGAAAGUCAUCUAGAACAGUAACUAAGCCAGCAUAUUUAAAUGAUUAUGUUUGUAACAAGUCAAAGUCUAAUGCUGUUAUAAUAACAACACCUCAUGUGUUUGAUAAAAUAUGCACACUGAACCAAAAACUUAUAGUGAAGCAGUAA